AUGGAGGCACGAGCUAUUCGGAAAUGUGCUAAUUGGUUGCCGAUCUGUGGGGAUUACAGGACUCUUAUCAAGGAUAUACCACUGGGAAGUUUCUUGUUCAAGAUUGGUCGUCUGUGGCUUGCGGUUUCUUAUAAUAAGUCGGGUUUGGGCUGGGGGAGGGGGGGGUUGUCCAAUUGCAUUUCUUGUCGUUUGCUUAAAGUGUGGCGAUUUGGGGUUUUUUUCGCUCUCGUUGGCUUGGUUGUCAUUACUCGAGUAGGCAGCUCCCCCAUGUGGCUUUUACGAAAAUAUGAUACCGGUACUCGACGGGCACUCAUGUUGCCGGAUUGAACUUG